AUGGCCACGCGAACCAACGGCACAGUGUCCAAAGCCACCGACGGCGGCGACUUGCUCGCCCUCGCCGAUGACGUUGUCCGGCAGACCCAGGCAAUCGCACAGUACCUGCAGGAAACCAAGCAUGCCCAGCCGACGUUUGCACCCGACUGCGUUGGCCGCCCGGAGACUCUCGAGUAUGCGAAGCUGCACAGUGACCUGAAACGGUCCCUGGAAGAUCUCCAGUAUCUCGUCGAGGGCCCAAAGAGGCACUUCCGCGCUCUCUGCUGCCAGGGAUAUGAGCUUGCAGCCAUCCAGGUGGCGCUCGACUUCGGCUUCUUCACUAUCGUCCCUGCCGAGGGGCAGAUCUCCCUAGAAGAGCUGGCCGAGAAAGCGGGCAUGGACUUGGACAGAACGCGCCGCAUCGUUCGUCUCCUGGCUACCGAGUUCAUCUUCCGCGAACCUACACCUGGAUAUGUUGCGCACAAUCCCAGCUCGUACCUCCUGCAUACGGAUGAGGAGGUCCGUGCCACGCUGCACUACACAGUCGAUGAGAUGCUUCAGGCGGCAUCGGCCACAGCCGAGAAUGUCAGGGCGGCACCACAUGAGUACGACAGCGCUGUCACUCCCUUCACGACACGCCAUGGCCUUCCCAUCUUCAACUACUAUGAAAAAGACCCUAAGCGUUCGAUUCGAUUCGCCAAGGCCAUGGCUGGAUGGGCUAAAUUGAAUUUGAACAUCAACGCAUUGAAGGAGGCGUUUCCCUGGGGAAAACUCAAGGGCACAGUGGUGGACGUCGGCGGUGGCAGCGGGAAAGUCUCCAUAACGCUGGCCCAGCACUUCCCUGACCUUAACUUCGUCGUGCAAGAUUCGGCAGAUAUGCAUGCAGCAGGCCAGUCGCUGCUCACCGACGAUAUCCGCGGUCGCGUCUCCUUUAUGCAGCACAGUUUCUUCGAGCCGCAGCCGAUAGGCGACGCUGCGGCGUUCAUUCUGCGCGCCUGUGCGCUGAACUGGUGCGACCGCGAUGUCGUUAGAAUGUUCCGUGCCCUGGUUCCGGGACUCGAACGUUCCAAACCCACCACGCCGCUGCUCAUCAACGACCUUGUCGUCCCGGUGCAGGGUACGCUGACACGCGACUUCGAGCGGGGCCUGCGUCAGAUCGACCUUAUCAUGCUAGUGGGCUUCGGUGGUAAGCUACGCACUGCAGCUGAAUUUGGUGCUCUUCUGAAGGAAGCGGACGAGCGGUAUGAAAUCCGCAACUUCCGCCCUGAGGGACUUAUGGGUUUGCUGGAAGUGUACCUGCGGCGGUGA